CAGAUCAGUGACUGCAGAGUAGAGGUGUUAAUGUGGUCUCUGAAUCCAACAUCACUAAAUCCCAGAAGACAGUAAUUCAAAACUCUUUCAGUAAUGAAGACAGUCCUGCUGGAGAAGAUACGGCCAUGUCCAUGCAGACAGCAGCUGACCCUACGCUCACACACACAGCUGGUCAGUUCUACGUGAUGAUGACUCCUUCAGAUGUUCUGCAUUCUGCCUCUCAGCAGACUUUAGCUCCACGCACACAUAUCUACACUGUAGGUGAACACAAUGCACAAAAGCAUGAAGGUUUUAACUGGAAAAUGGACAUUCUGCGCACUCCUAGAGAUGAGAGGAGAAGAGCACAACAUAAUGAAGUUGAAAGGCGACGGCGAGACAAAAUCAACAACUGGAUUGUGGCACUCUCGAAAAUCAUCCCAGACUGCAGCAUAGACGGCACCAAGACUGGAGCGAGUAAAGGUGGGAUCCUGUCAAAAGCGUGUGAUUACAUUGGCGAGCUGAAGCAACAUAACCAGCGGCUGCAGGAUAGUUUGAGAGGAGUGGAGAGAGUGCAGAUGGACAAUGAGCUGCUCAGACGGCAGCUGGAGGAGCUCAAGAGCGAGAACGGCCUUCUGCGAACGCAGCUAGAUCAUCAUGGCAUUGACACGAUCGCAGACGCCUAGGCACAAAUUGAGCCUCAGGCAUUCUGGGAAACAGAUUCUGGUCAAUCCAGACGACAAAAGGCUCUCGGAGAAUGACAUGGGACUGCAGUGAGCCGAAUGACAAACGCUGGCUUGUGCUCGAGAGUCUGU